AUGGCCCGACAACCAGGACAGGGGAACUCAGGGGACGUGGCGAGCAUAGAAGGGGCGGAAAAGAGAACGGGGACUAUGAACGUCGGGAACGGCCUCCAGGCACAAACAGGCAUCGAAAAAGAAGGGAGAAGAACGACAGGAGAGGAGGGACGCGUCCAGCAGAGUGUGGAAAAGACAGUCGACGUCCCACCAAAUGGAGGAUACGGAUGGGUUUGCGUCGCGGCCUCUUUUAUAAUCAACGGGCACACAUGGGGUCUCAACAGCGCCUAUUCCAUCUUCCUGGCCUACUACCUCGCAAACAAUGUAUUUCCUAAUGCAACCCCGUUACAAUACGCCUUCAUAGGCGGUCUGUCCAUUUCACAAGCCCUCAUCGUCUCACCUGUUGCCACGCUCACCACGCGCCUCUUCGGCACCCGGACUACUCUUUUCAUCGGCAUCGGUUUCGAAACAAUCUCCUUCAUCGGCGCUAGUUUUGCCACGCACAUAUGGCAUCUUUUCUUAAGCCAAGGCGUUUGCUUCGGCUGGGGUAUGGGCUUCCUGUUCGUCGGCAGCGUAGGCGUAUCCGCGCAAUGGUUCACCACACGUCGCAGCCUUGCCAACGGCGUAGCGGCGGCAGGAUCCGGGAUCGGUGGCCUUAUCUACAGCUUGGGCGCGCAGGCGAUGAUCAAAAACAUCGGACUACCAUGGGCGUUCCGCACACUGGCCGUCAUUGCAUUUGUGAUAAACUCCAUCUGCGCGCUACUCAUCCGGGACCGCAACAAGCAGAUUGGCAGCUCGCAGUUGUCGUUCGAUCACACGCUUUUCGCAAAACCGCAGUUCUUGGGUCUCAUGGCGUUUGGGUUCUUGUCCAUGCUGGCUUAUGUUGUUCUGCUGUUUUCGUUGCCUAACUACGCCCGCACCGUGGGGCUUACGUCAACGCAAGGAUCCAUCGUCGGCGCGAUGCUCAAUUUGGGUCAGGCGUUGGGACGUCCUUGUAUUGGGUACUACUCUGAUUCUUUUGGACGGCUGAACAUGGCUUCAACGAUGACGUUCUUGGCAGGUCUGUUCGCGCUGGUGAUAUGGAUGUUCGCGAAGAGCUUUGGAGUGCUCAUCUUUUUCGGCCUCAUUGGAGGAAGUGUGGCGGGUACAUUCUGGGCUGUUGUUGCGCCGGUUACGACGGAAAUCAUGGGGAUUGUGGAUUUGCCGAGUGCAUUGAGUAUCACGUGGUUGGUGUUGGUAUUACCUACGACUUUCUCCGAAGCUAUUAGUCUCAAGAUUGUGAGCCUGAAUGGUGGAAGUUAUACUGGCGCGAUCAUCUACACGGGAGUCAUGUAUAUCGCCGCUGCUGCUUGCUUGUGGGCUGUGAGGGCGUGGAAGAUUGGCGAGUUGGAGGAGAAGGCUGCAGCGGGAGAUAACGACUUCCGAAAGAGCCCCUUCUUGAAGAGAAUGAUCAUAUGGCAGAGGGUGUGA